GAAAAUCAGGUUUGACAUAUAUAUUGUAUCGUCAAUGUACGGCUUUACACUGCCAAUCACUUUACAAGGGCCCGCUGUUGGUAUGUAAUAGAGCCGAUCAGACUAUAUCAGUCGCCAGUACAGUUCGGUGUUGGUGACAGUUUAUGAAGUUAUGUGUAUUUUCUGCGUAGUAUAAAUAAUGGAAGUAUCUGCAAUAGAGGUACCUGAGGAUGCCGAAACAGUUUUAAUGUUUUAUGUUAACGGUAAAAAGGUUGUAGAAUCAAAACCUGAACCAGAAUGGACGUUACUUUGGUAUUUACGUAAAAAGCUAUAUCUAACUGGAACAAAGUAUGGCUGCGGAGAGGGUGGAUGUGGAGCCUGCACUGUCAUGGUAUCUCAAUAUUUGAGAGCAGAAGAUCGCAUUAAACAUAUAGCAGUAAAUGCUUGCCUGACUCCGGUCUGUGCCAUGCAUGGUUUAGCGGUUACCACAGUUGAAGGUAUCAGUACGACGCAAGAUCGAUUACAUCCGGUUCAAGAAAGAUUAGCGAAAGCACAUGGGUCACAGUGUGGAUUUUGUACGCCGGGCAUUGUCAUGUCCAUGUAUGUUUUAUUAAGAAACAAAGAAAGGAUUAACUAUUUCGAUAUGGACAAAGCAUUGCAAGGAAAUCUGUGUAGAUGUACUGGCUACCGACCAAUAAUAGAAGCAUUCAAAACUUUUGGUGAAGCUUGGAAAAGAAAUUACGUAGAUGAAAAAGGAAAUAAUUCAUGCGCCAUGGGCGAAGAUUGUUGCCAAAAUAAAAAUAUAUCGGAAAAUAAUAAAAAUGCGGUUCCUAAUAAAUCAAUUUUUGUACCAAAUGACUCGAGCCAGGAACCCAUAUUUCCUCCUGAUUUAAAAUUGAAUAAAUACUAUAGCGAAUCAUAUUUAACAUUUAAAGGAAAAAAUAUUGUAUGGAUCAGACCACGUAAACUUGAGGAUUUGCUUCUGUUGAAGUAUAAAUACCCAAAUGGCAAAAUAAUUGUAGGCAACACUGAAAUAGGCGUAGAAAUGAAAUUUAAGAAAAUGAAAUUCCCCAUAUUGCUCAGUCCAACAAUGAUACCAGAAAUGAACAUUUGCAGCGUUACUCACGAAGGAAUAACUAUAGGAGCAGCUGUUUCAUUAAAUGACAUUCAUUGCUUUAUAAAUACUCAGCUUGGGCAUGAUAAUACAAAAGAGCGUAUUUUUGAUGCUAUAGUAGAUAUGCUUAAUUGGUUUGCUGGCAAUCAAGUUAGAAAUGUUGCUUCGCUUGUUGGAAACAUAGUAACGGCUAGUCCCAUUUCCGAUUUGAACCCUAUAUUAAUGGCGUGUUCGGCAGUGCUUAAUGUUUACAGUUUUGAUAGAGGACAUAAGAAGUUAAUUAUUGAUAAAGACUUUUUUGUAGGAUAUAGAAACACAUUGCUUAAUGAUAAUGAUAUUAUUGUAUCAGUUGAAAUACCAUUUACUAGUAAUCAUCAUUUUUUUAAAGCAUAUAAACAAUCGCGUAGAAGAGACGAUGAUAUUUCUAUAGUAACAGCAGCAUUUAGUGUUAAAUUUGUAAAUGAAGUCGUUUCAGAAGCUAUGCUAUGUUUUGGGGGUAUGGGACCAGCUACUGUAUGUGCAACAAAUUCUUGUUAUUCUCUAAAAGGCUGUUGUUGGGAUAAAAAUAUGUUAAAUUUGAUGAUGGAUUCUCUGACAAGCGAAUUAAAACUGGACACUUCUGUACCUGGGGGCAUGGCAGCCUACCGUAAAUCACUGUGUCUAAGUUUAUUCUAUAAAUUUUAUCUUCAUGUUUUAAGUAAUUUAACGUCAGUUGAUGGUUAUAACCCAAUAAACGACUACGAUCAGUUAAGUAGUAAAAAUAUAUUAAUUAGCGAACCAAAGAGUUCACAAUAUUUUGAUAUAAAAAACAAUGUCAUUAAUAUUUCGGAUUCCGUUGGAAAACCGAUACCACAUGUGUCGGCAAUGAAACACGUAGCAGGUGAAGCAAUAUAUUGUGAUGACAUUCCACAUACAGAAGGCGAAUUAUAUUUAACCCUAAUUUUGAGCACUGAAUCCCAUGCACGAAUCAAGUCUAUAGAUGCUAGUAGAGCUCUUUCGGUAUCAGGUGUUGAAAUGUUCUUAUCAUCUGCCGAUUUGGAUGAUGAAUGUAAUAAAAUGGGACCUCUUAUAAAAGAUGAACAGGUAUUUUAUAAAGAUAUAGUAUUUAGCCGCUCUUGCGUCAUUGGAGCUGUGAUUGCUAAAUCUGAAACAACGGCGAGAAAAGCGAAAGAUCUGGUGUCAGUAACUUAUGAUCGAAUACAGCCUGUAAUAGUUACGUUAGAAGAUGCUAUAAUGCAUAAGUCUUUUUUUCCUGGAUCUCCUACUCGUUUAAAAAAAGGGGAUUUGCAAGAUGUUUUCUCAAAUUCACUUCAUAUUAUUGAAAGCCACGUUAGAACUGGAUCUCAGGAACAUUUUUAUUUGGAAACAAUAUCUGCUUAUGCUGUGAGAAGAGAAGAUGAAUUAGAAAUUAUUUGUAAUUCACAAGCCCCCGCUGAAAUAGCGCGAAUAGUUUCAGAAGUUCUUCGUAUUCCUAACCAUAAAGUUGUAUGUAAAGUAAAAAGGAUUGGAGGGGGUUUUGGCGGUAAAGAAUCUCGAGUAAUGACUUUGGCGGUACCAGUUGCAAUAGCGGCAUAUAAGUUAAACAAACCCGUUAGAGCCGUUCUAGAUAGAGAUGAGGAUAUGCAAAUUAGUGGUAAUAGGCAUCCUUUCCUUAUAAAAUACAAAGUAGCAUUUAGUGAUGACGGAAAAAUUGUUGGCGCAGCAUUUGACAUGUAUUGCAAUGGCGGGCAUUCGAUGGAUUUAUCUAGUGCGCUAAUUUUAAGAUCUGUAACACAUAUUGAUAAUUGUUAUUUUAUACCAAAUAUUGAAGUAAAUGCAUAUAUUUGUAAAACAAAUAUACCUUCAAAUACAGCUUUUCGAGGUUUUGGAGCGCCUCAAGUAAUGUUCGCUGCAGAAAGUAUGAUAAGAGAUGUUGCUGUGUAUUUAAAUAAAACGUACGAGGAAAUUGCUAUGCUGAAUAUGUAUGGAGAAAGCGAUAUGACUCACUAUAAUCAGUCGCUUAAUUAUUGCACUUUAUCAAGAUGUUGGAAUGAAUGUAUUCAAACUAGCACAUACUGGAAAAGGAAAAUAGAAACAAAUGAAUUCAAUAGAACAAACAGAUGGAAAAAGAAAGGCAUUGCUUUAGUUCCAACAAAAUAUGGCAUAUCUUUUCAAUCCGAUGUUCUUAUGCAGGCUGGCGCAUUGUUAUUAGUGUAUAAUGAUGGAUCAGUUUUAUUAACCAUAGGAGGUGUAGAAAUGGGGCAAGGACUUUUUACAAAAAUGAUUCAAGUAGCUUCCAGGGAAUUGGAACUGGACAUUAAUAAAAUUCACAUUAGUGAAAUGUCUACUGAUAAAGUGCCAAAUAGUUCUCCAACAGCAGGGAGCAUUAGUUCUGACUUAUAUGGAAUGGCAGUAAUAGACGCCUGUUCUAUUUUAAAAGUAAGAUUGGAGCCAUAUAAAUCUAAAACUCCCAAUGGAAAAUGGGAAGAUUGGGUUAUGGCGGCGUAUUUAGAUAGAGUGAAUCUAACCGCCACGGGAUAUUACGCUGCAUCAAAAAUUGAUUUUGAUUUUAAUACGAAUUCUGGGAAUCUUUAUGAAUACUUUACUUAUGGAGCUGCAUGUUCAGAAGUUAUAAUUGAUUGUCUUACUGGCGAUCAUCAGGUACUGAGAUCUGAUAUCGUAAUGGAUUUAGGAGAAAGUAUAAAUCCUGCUAUCGAUAUAGGCCAAAUAGAAGGCGCGUUCAUGCAAGGAUAUGGUUUUUUCACAAUGGAGGAAAUGCUAUUUUCACCAACUGGAGAAGUAUUAUCAAAGGGACCUGGAACAUAUAAAAUUCCUGGUUUUUCUGAUAUACCUAAAGAAUUUAAUGUGUCACUCCUUAAAGGUGCUCCUAAUCCACGAGCUGUUUAUUCUUCUAAGGCCGUGGGAGAACCUCCUCUGUUUUUGGCUGCGUCAGUAUUUUUUGCUAUAAAGGAUGCUAUUGCAUCUGCGCGGACCGAUGCUGGUGUGUCUCCAGAAUUCGUACUUGAUGCUCCAGCCACAUGUUCCCGAAUACGAAUGGCUUGUGAAGAUCGUUUCACGGAACAGGUGAAACCGACUAUUAAAGGAAGUGGCGAACAGUGGAACGUUGUCGCAUAGGAAAUGUUGUGAAACGUAUAUUAAUUAUAAUUAUUACUUUGUAAGAAAAUAGUCAGUAGGGAAUACAACCUACUUCCAACAAAAGUGAAACCAAAUAAAGUCAUGUGUACAGAGCUAGCGAGCGCUGGCAGUCGAACGUCAACACAUAAAAUUUUCGGGGUGUAUGAGGUGUGUGGUCACAGAACAAAGUUUUUUGAGGAGGGCGCAGUGUCUGAUUUAUCAAAAAAAUAUUUAUCACGACGUCACCUUAACGCAUACAAUAAUUACGCACGCAAUUUUUAAACGCAUACUAGGCGUACAUAUGUUAGAAAUAAGGUUCGUAAUUACAUUAAUAUUAAUAAGAUUGAUUAGUUAAACCUUAA